AUGGAUCCCUCUUAUCCCAAAGACUCGUCUGAUAAAACCCGUACCAGGACCCUGAGAUCUCACAGUACAGACACUUCAAUAAAUCCAUCUUUUCCAAACAAAUUUUCUUUAAGCCACGAAGGUGAAAACACAGAAGAGCAUUCACUAUCAUGUUCAGUGUGCGGGAAAUCCUUCACAGAAAACAGAGCUCUCCUUAGACAUGAGAAAAUUCACACAGGUCAGCGUUCCUAUUCUUGUUCAGAGUGCGGGAAAUGUUUGACUGAGAAAGGAAGCCUUCUCAAACAUCAGAGAAUUCACACAGGCGAGCGCCCCUAUUCGUGUCCAGAGUGCGGGAAAUGUUUUACUGAGAAAGGAGGCCUUGUUAAACAUCAGAGAACUCACACGGGUGAGCUUCCCUAUCCAUGUUUAGAGUGCGGGAAAUGUUUUACUGAGAAAAAAAGAAUUCACACAGGUGAGCUUCCCUAUCCAUGUUCAGAAUGUGGGAAAUGUUUCAUUCAAAAAGGAAACCUUCUUAGACACCUGAGAGUUCACAAGGGUGAGCGUCCCUAUCCAUGUUCAGAGUGUGGGAAAUGUUUCAUUCAGGAAGGAGACCUUCUUAGACACCAGAGAACUCACAGAGGGGAGCAUCUCUAUUCAUGCUCAGAAUGUGGGAAAUAUUUCAAUCACAAAGGAAACCUUCUUGCACAUCAGAGAAUUCACACAGGUGAACGUCCCUUUUCAUGUUCAGAGUGCGGGAAAGGUUUCACUCAAAAAAAACGCACUUCUUACACACCAGAGAAGUCAUACAGGGGAGCGUCCCUAUUCAUGUUCAGAGUGUGGAAAAUCUUUCAUUCAGAAAACAAACCUGCUUACGCACCAGAAAUAUCACACAGGUGA